AUGCCUUCGACUACUGAUUCAUUGCCAUCUUCCGUACAAACUGGUAUCAUCUCCAGCUGCACUGCUUGGUAUAAAGCAACUGACGGAGAUGACUACGAUUUGAUCCCGGAAGAAUUUGGCACUUUCUCAAAAUCAGACUUCAUCAAAUGGAACCCGGCUGUGAAUUCCGAUUGCUCUGGAAUCGUGAUGAAUGAUUACCACUGUGUCGCCGUUACAGGAGCUCCUACCACUAGAACUGCAUCAGCAUCUAGCUUGCCGACUCCGACAACUCCUUCUGAUACUAUCUCGGACUGUGCAGACUACUGGCUCGUUUCCGCGUUCGUAUUCCCUUUCUAUCGCUCAAAUGACAAAGCUAAUUAUAUCAGUGAUGACAAUUGCACAACAAUCGCUCAGACAAACGGAACUUCUGUUUCCGACUUGGAGACUUGGAACCCUUCUCUGAAGUCAAAUUGCAGUGGACUUAGCUCGGAUACUUACAUAUGCGUUGGAGGUCCCAGCAACGAUACCAGCUCAUCGACAACCGCCGGAACCAUCACCGAUGGGUCGGGUCAAUCCAGCACCUCCCCUGCCACAGCAACUGCGACAACCACAUCUACUAGCAUAACCACUCCAUCGCCCGUUCAGACUGGAAUGACAAGCGGCUGUAUACGAUUCUACAAGGUUGAGAAAGACAAGGACUGUUAUGACAUCGCACAAGAUGCGGGUGUUACACUCAAAGACUUUUAUAGCUGGAACCCUGCCAUGAAUGGAGACUGUUCGGGUCUUCAAGCAAGCGAAUACGUUUGUAUUGGGAAGUCUGGAUAUGCAACAACCAUCACCACUGGCUCACCGGUCCCUGUCACGCCAACUCCGACCCAGGUAGGAUUUAACCCACAAAACUUCAUUCAAAGAAAGGUUUCAGCCUAA